GCAUUAUUGGGAUAUCUUGUUACAACGACAUUCUUGUACGGCCAGCUCUGGAAUCCUUGUGUCUCUAGUAAUCGCUUCCUUCGUUCCAAGCCUAGCAACGAACGAAAACACAACAAACAACAGCCAACCAUGCCUUCAGUGGCAGCGGGCCUGAAUAGCGGCGCGGCGCCGUCUGCAGCACCGCACCACCAGCGCACCAAGUCGUCAGUCCUGCGAUCAAUCAUGGGCGGCGGCCACAGGCGGAACAACUCGGACGGCGCCGGCCUGCCAGCAUCGUCGCUGGCGGCUGCGUCUACGCCCAUGCUCAGCAGUGCCCAUGUCACCGUCAUGCCGGGAGGGCAGGGCCUCGCGCCCCGAAUCGACUUCAACGGGGGCGCCAUGGGGUACCACCACAAUGCGCCUCCUCCGCAGGCUCUGAGCGAGCUCCGCCAGCAGCCGCAACCACAGGCACAGCAACUGUAUCAGCAAGAGAGGUCGCCCGAGCGACAUCGCCACCGUGAUCAGCGUCAGCAGGACCGCCAGCAGCAGCAGCAGGCAGCAGCAGCGUCGCCGACAAAAACUGGUUUCGCCACCAUCUCACUCAAAGCAUUCGCACCCGCUGCCAAGGAACCAAGCUCCCCCACCAAGGCCUCCAAGUCGUCGUCUUCUUCGUCGCCGACCAAGCCCAAGAAGGCCAAGUCAUCCACAAACCUGGCCGCGCUCUUGUCGCGGCCCAAGUCAAUCAAGAAUCUCAAGCAGCUGCUGUUGGACCAAGACAGCAGCUCAGCCGCCGCCGCCGCCGCGGACCGAGCCGCGGACCGAGCCGCAAAGGACAAGGAGAACCGCACGCCGCCCAACUCGCUGGGUGGGAGCGACCACGUCAGCGUCCCCAUAAUGAGCGCCGCUCCGCCACCUAUCUAUGCCCAGUUCGCGAGCCAACAGCAGACGAGGCCGGGAGACGACCCGUUUAGUACAGCUAACAGGAGGCCAGGGGGUGGCGGCGGCUCCACGGAGCGGUCCGGCGCGAGAGGUAGUGGCGAGGAGAGCUUCCAGAAGCUGCAGCCCAAGUCAUUCCAGCCCUACGCCACACGGCCAGUCGAGGACUCCAACAGCAGGUCGCGCGUGGCGGCAGGAGAGUCAAGGAAUUCACAGGACGACACGAGUGCCCGGAGGGGACAGACAUGGGGAAAGUCGGACGGGGACAAGGGUGCCAUGACACGCAGCGGCCUCAAGCAAGCCUUUUCUGGGUUUGGAGGGGGGGGGACCAGGGGAACGAAACCAUCUACGACGUCUCUGGCGGCCACGUCGUCAGCAGCAGCAGCAGCAGCGGCGGCGGCGGCGGCGGAGCCAGUCUUGUUCGACCCCAAGGACAUUGACGAGCACCUCGAGGCCAUGCUGGACCGACGCAACAUCCCCGAGAACCAGCGGUACAAGAUGCGGAACCUGAACAAGACAAUCAAAAUGGAGUUUGUGCGGCAGGAUUGGGCCGAGACGCAGCAGCAGCAGCAGCAACAGCAACAGGCCCAAAAUCCGGAACGCCCGGGAACCAACGGCAGCGAGACGUCAGCAGCGACAGAGAGUGGUAGUGGUGCAGCAGCAGCAGCAGUAGCAGCCACAUCCACGGCCGCAGGAGGGGGAUCCGAUCACGACGGCAAUGGCAGCAACGGCAAGAAGAAAAAGCACACGCGAGGCAGGAGCCUAACGCUAGUCAGAGGCGGUGGCGGCAGCAGCAGCAAGAACAAGUCCGCGUCGUCUUCGCCGACUAAGAAGCUCAAGACGGACAGCAGCCUAGGUCGGCAUUUCCGAACAAAGUCGACAGAGAGCAUCGCGAGCGAGCAUGGCGCCUCGCCGUCGGGCGAGAUGACACCGAACGGCGGCAGCAGCAGUAGCGGCGGCGGCGGCGGCGGAUUUGGCAGUGGGAUAUUGGCAAAAGUCAAGGGCCAGCAGGGGCCCGGUGAUUUCGUGCAAUACUUGCGCAAGGUGCAGCAGCCCGAGCUCGUCGAGGUGGGGAAGCUGCACAAGCUCCGUCUGCUCCUCCGUAACGAGACGGUGGCCUGGACCGACGAGUUCAUUCGCCAAGGCGGCAUGAAGGAGAUUGUUGAGCUGUUGCAGCGGAUCAUGGCAGUCGAGUGGAGGGAGGAGCACGAAGACGCCUUACUACACGAGACGCUGCUGUGUCUCAAGGCGCUAUGCACCACGGCGCUGGCACUGCAGUACCUUCACUCCAUCCAGGCCACGCUGUUCCCGGCGCUUCUGCACAUGAUCUUCGACCCGGAGAAGAAAGGGCCGAGCGAGUUCACCACCCGCAGCAUCAUCACGUCCGUGCUGCUCACGUACAUCGAGUGUGCCCCACCAGAGGAGCGCACGUCGCGGGCGCAGACGGUGCUGCGCUAUCUGCGCGACCCCGAAGCUAAGGAGGACGAGCGCCCUCUCGACUUCGUGCUCGAGAUGCGUCGUGAGCGGCCCUAUCGGGUGUGGUGCAAGGAGGUCGUGUCGGUCACCAAGGAGGUCUUUUGGAUCUUCCUGCAUAACCUCAACAUUGUUGCGCUGCCGAAGCAGUCACAGUCGUCGUCGGCGUCGUCACCGGCGUCGGACAAGCCGCCGACCCAUGCCCACCCCACCUCCACCCAGGAUAAGACCCCUGAUGCCUCGUCGACAAGGGUUCCUCCGGGAGGUGAAUCAUCCACAACGACGAGCACACAUGGCCCAGCACCGCAGACGACGACGACGACGGCUGACCCAGCGGACGGCAACUCGCGGCCGAACACAGGGGGGGGCUGCGGGAAGGAGCUGGACAGCCGCCUGCUUGCUUACAUGGCACGUCACUUUCCCCAAGAACGCCCGCCGGUACCCGCUGCCCCCUACGUAGGCGGGGUCGAGUGGGAUGCGACCAACUAUCUGGCCAGCCACCUGGACCUAAUGAACGCCAUCGUGGCAUGCACAGGCCCAACGACCCACGAGCGCAACGCCCUGCGGGCUGAGCUGCGCAUCUCCGGCUGGGAGCGCUGCAUGGGUGGGAGCCUCCGCCUGUGCAAGGAGAAGUUCUACGGCUCAGUCCACGACGGCCUGCGCACCUGGGUGGCCGCCGCCGCCGAGGACGGCUGGGCAGUACAUGACGUCAGGUAUGGCCCGCCUCCUGAGAGCCGAAGCACCUCGCCCGUCAAACGAGCUGCUGGCUGCGGCGGCGGCGGCGGGGCGAAGAAGAAGAUCGAAGAUGUGCCCAAGCUCGAAAUACCCAAGCUCGACUUUGGCGUUGGCAACGGCCAUACCCAAGAAAGCAACGACGCGUGGCUUUCUUGAGCACGAAUUAUGAAAGAGUAAUGAAUCAAACAGAAAAGAGAGACACGAGGCUGGGGAAUCAGGUCUGGAACACACGGGUCUUGCCCACGACCAUCACGCGACCCAACCUUCCCUCAUCUCG